ACUGUUUGUUCCCUAUGCCACUGUGUGGUGUAGUAUAAAAAAAAAAAAAAUUGUGUUCUUAAAAAAAUGAUUGAAAUAAACAAAACUGCAAUCGGGAUUGCAGCAGGACUCGCGGGGACACUGUUUAUAGGAUAUUGCAUUUAUUUUGACAAAAAGCGUCGAAAUGAUCCCGACUACAAGAAGAAAGUUCGCGAGCGUCGUCGCCGCAAUCGUAAGACCGGAUCAGCAAAGCAAGGAAUGCCAAAUUUGAAUGACCAUGAAGCCAUUGAAAGAUAUUUCCUUCAGGAAAUUCAGCUGGGCGAAACCUUGAUUGCCCGUGGUGACUUCGAAACUGGCGUUGAACAUUUGGCGAAUGCAAUUGUCGUCUGUGGCCAGCCCGCUCGUCUACUUCAAGUACUACAAUCCUCUCUGCCGGCUCAAGUAUUUGCCAUGUUGAUUAUCAAAAUGCAAGAGUUCGGAAAUCGUGCUGCCGAAUCCAGUGAUGGUGGUCUUGCCGGUUCUGGAUCACGCUCCAAUCAAAUUGAUAAUUCCGCAAACAUUUUAGAAACUUCAGGACAUGCAGUUAUUGAUGACUUGGAAUAAUAUUUUGAAAAAAUUAAUAGAAGAGCCUGGCAUAUAUAUUUCAACACAACAAACAGAUAAGGGCUUUAUUAUAAUUUAAUAAACUGCAUUACAAAUGUAUUGUACAAAUAUUGAUUUCUCAACGUUACCGAUAUACAAUAAUAAGCAUUCAUAGUUACGCCGAAAGAGUUUCAUCUGAUUACACAGCGCUUAUCUCAAAUUACAGUCAACGACGCUACUUAUUAUCUUUCUGCUGUCGGUUAAUCACGACAUUAGGCAUGGAAAACUUUCAUUUUUUGCUGUAGUUUUUUUCAUGUGCAAUCUGUUAUAAUCAUGGAUACUUACCAACAGCAUUCCUUCCAAAAAAUAUGAUGUAGCUGUCAGAGCUGUCAGUUUGAAAUUAACCCACAGAUAUAAUGAUGAUUUAAAUAAAUAGUUCCAAGCCAACUUAAUUGUUGGAGAAAAAUCUUCGGUACUUCAGUAAUUUUGUAUAAAGUGAAUACGUAAUACAAAUCCCUUGUAUAAAAUGAGAUCGGCAUCAGAAAUCGAAUAAAAAUUGUUAUUUAGAGCUUCAAUAUCUUUAUUAUUCAGAGCACAUUUAUUUACAUUUAUGAAUUUACAAAGAUUUCAAUACUUUCCUAAAGCGAUCCAGCACAAUAUUGGCAUGAUGUUCCUUAAACACUAAGGCUGGACGGAAGCGAAUGGCAUUUUCUCCACAACCGCCAGUUUGAAUUCCGUUGAGCUUCAAAUUGGCCACGAUCGAAUCGCGUACUUUGCCAUUAACGCUGUUAACAGCCAAAUAUGUACCACGUCCGCGAGUGGAGUUGAGAAGAUUUGGAAAUUCUUUUUCCAAGCUCAAUAAACCGUCUUUCAAUACUUUACCGGCACUUGCCACAUUACCCAUUAAUUUCUCCUCCUUAAUCACCUUUAAUAUUUCUUCCAAAAUAAUUACUUUGCCUGGAUCCCCCAUCCAUGUGUUGAAGAUCCUGUAAGGUUCUUUCGGCACAAAGUCAUCAUUAUGGAAAUAUCCACCAAGCUGAAGUUUUUUACUGAAUGUAACGACAUCUGGCGGACUCUCAAGGUUGAAAUGUUCAUGGCACCAAAAUUUGCCAGUGCUUCCGCCACCAGUUUGAACUUCGUCAAUUAAAAGGGCAGAUCCAUUUUGCUUGCAAAUUCUUUGCAGACCCUGGAAGAACUCGGGGGAAGCUUCAUUGUCACCGCCUUCACUUUGAAUGGGUUCGAUGAUAACACCAGCAACUGGCUUGCCCUUUUUCUUAUAAACUUCAAUCAGAUCUGCGACCUCGGCCAGGCAUUUCUCAUCUUCUUUCUUAUUUUCUGCAACAUUUUCUUCCAAUGGGUACUUGUAUUGUGGGAAUGAUGCAAUGGGCCAGUCAAACGAUGGAACGUCUAGUUUAUGAAUAUAUUUGGAAUGCGUUGUAGAUAAAGCUCCCAAGGUGCGACCAUGGAAAGCGCCCUUGAACGACAGAAUGGAAAGUUCUGGAGCUCCUGGUGGCAUAUUUACCAUGCAAGAGCAUAUCUCCUCUUCAGUAAGUUUCGCAGUACCACGAACUUUAUUCUGGUACC